CAGAUGGAAUUCGUCCAGAAUUUGCAGUAGAGACACCUGAUUUCUAUAUUCAACUUGCAAAUCAAUGUAUUAAUAGUAAUCCUUCAGAGAGACCAACAGCUAAACGCGUUUAUGAAAAAUUAUAUGAAUGGAAAAUUAUCCUUGGCAGACAAACAGAAGAAUUGAAUAUAAAACAGCUUGAAGUAAGAGAUAAAUUUUCAAAAGCAAAUAAAAUCAUUCCUGUAUUAUCAAAAACUUUACAUGAAGACGAAAAAAGGUUGUAUAAAUCUGAGCAUGAUAACAUUCACAAUGUU